AACAAGACUGGGGGAACAAUAGGGAAGAUCCAUCAUUUAAUCGAUACGUGUGAAACUUACGUUUGGUGCCAGGGGUGUUGACGACGACUGUGCAACGAUACGCGAUGGCCUUGGAACGAUGGACGUGAAACGAGCGAGGGCAUGGCAGGUGGUCAGGCGACGUGGUUGCCUUUUGCUGCAGCAAUUAUUCCUUUUCGAAAUUGCAAUUUGAGUAGCAACAAAUCCGGGUUCGAAUACGAUUCGGCGAUAUUACAUUACACGGAUUGCAUUGGCCGUGACGAGUCUGGAAUGGGUCGGGGAAUGGAGGGACAAUAGAGUUGACAAAGGUGACGGUGGCACCAGAUGGACCGGUACACGGCACGCGAUUUUUGCUGCAAGAGUACUCGCGUACUCGUACACGGACUUAUCCUCCAACUCGAAUCAGCAAGCAUCUCGUUCGCGUACUUACUUGACUACGAUGGCGGACCACGCUUCUUUCGCUCUCUCGAUCCUGGUACUCUCGAUCGCGGCAACCGUUUGGGUAAAGGCCUUACCCAGCUUGCAGGCUGAACCUAAUCCUUUGCGAAGGGACUUUUACGGAUCGGCCAACCCGGAAUUCUUUGGGGCGUAUCUCAACGAUCAUGGACUGCCACGGGAGAAAAUGGCGCAAGCGGAACAAUACUCGUCCCGGUUAAGAGGCGGCAACGUUUCACGGAUGUUCAAAGGAUCGAUUGAUCCAGAGAGUCGCUAUCUGCGCGACGAAGAAGCUGGCAAUCGGGAUUCGCGAAACCUCGAUCACAUCGGUGGCGGUAACCUGUUGCGUAGAAGGCUAGCCGAGGGACUUGGCGAGCGAUUAGGCGAACGAGAAGACUCGCGUUUAUACGACUCUCGCCGUUGGAUGGCAUCGCGUAGGAAUCUCGAUCAAAUUGGGGGUGGAAAUUUGCUUCGAGAGGCAGUCGAUCGCGGCCAGCGAAAUUUGGAUCAUAUCGGAGGAGGAAAUCUGGUCCGCGACCUGGACAGUGUGCUAGUAACGAACGACAAUCCUCGCAGGAACUUGGACCAAAUCGGUGGAGGCAACCUGGUGCGAAGUAUAUUCGAGACCGCUAGAGGAACGGACCAUCGACCCGACGAAACUCGUUAGACGGUUUUCCUCGGCCUAACAAAGACGUAGAUGCAUCACGACGAAACGCACGUCGGUCGUCGGAGAGUUUGUUAGA